CCCACACAACAUGGAGCGGUUCUCUUUCUCCUCCCGCCCCUCUCACUUUCUAUAUAUGUCUACUAUAUGUAACUAUACUUCGUCCUUUUCACGAUUGAACAUCGCAAACCCUAACUAAAACCUCCUAUCUCUAUAACAUCAGAAGAAAUCCCUUCUUUCUCUCUCUCUCUCUCUCUCUCUAAAUUGCCCUAACCUUUCUCUCCUAUCCCUGAUUUGUAUAUUUAGAUUUUGUAUAAGCCAAUGGAUGUAUCAGAUCCGGAUGAGGCAUUACCUGCAAAUAAAGAUCGUUCGAGUGAAGUAGAAGAAGAAGCCCAAGAAGCGACAUCUUCGGUGACAACAGCUUCGAGCGGAGAUAAUUCUGAUUAUGAUUCCAUUCUUGAUAUUUCCGGCAGAAGCUUGGAUUUUCCGGUGUCUAAUGGCGCAGAGGAAUCGAUGAUGAUCAAGGGGUUGUAUGUGUAUAAGAAUGUAUUCAAUUUGCUUCCGCGGUGGCUGGGCAGCCAGGAGGGGUUGAAGACGCUGAAAUUCUUUGCCAAUGAGGUUAGUAUUUUUCCUGCGGAGUUUGGGAAGUUGGUUGAUCAGUUGGAAUGCUUGCAGGUUAAGAUAUCCUCCUUGGGUUUGACUGGUUUGCCUUUGCACAAGCUGAAAGGUUUGAAGGAGCUUGAGCUUUGUAAUUUGCCUCCUCGUCCAUCGGCUUUUCCACUACUCAGUGAAAUUGCUUGCCUCAAGUGCUUGACAAAGCUUGCUGUUUGUCACUUCUCUAUCAGAUUCCUUCCUCCAGAAAUUGGGUGCCUUAAGAAUUUGGAGUGCCUCGAUGUUUCAUUCAAUAAGUUGAGGAGUUUACCAACUGAGAUAACUAAUCUGAGUGUUUUGAUAUCCCUGAAGGUUGCUAAUAACAAAUUGGUGAAACUACCUUCAAGUCUGUCAGCUCUGCAAAAAUUAGAGAACUUGGACCUGUCAAAUAAUAGGUUGACAUCCUUGGGGUGUGUUGAACUUGGUUCAAUGCAUAAUCUUCAGAAAUUAAACCUUGAGAACAAUAAGCUUCUCAGCUGUUGUCAAAUACAAAUACCCUCAUGGAUAAGCUGCAAUUUUGAGGGAAAUGGGAAAGACGCGUCCAACGAUGAAGAAUUCAUUCAUUCUUCAGUCGAAAUGGACGUGGUUGACGGUGCCACUCGGGAAAUUUACAACAGCCCUCGAAAUAGAUCUCACUCUGCUUCAUCAAGAUCCUCAUCAAACAGUAGAUGUUUUGCAUCAAAGAGGCGACGCAAGGGGUGGAAACGAAGGUAUUAUUUGCAAGAGAGAGUUCAUCAACAACAUUUGAACAGCAAUAAGAAGUGGAAAGGUGAGAAUUCCGCUGAGAUAUUGACUCAAAAGACGCAAGAGAAAUGCAAAUCAGGAAAACAUCCUGUAGGUGCUGACAUUGAUAAUAAAGAUUUAUUUCCUGGGGAAGAUGCUGGAGAAAAUUUGCUUAUCAGUGUUGAGGAUGAUGAAAUCAGUUUGAAAAAGGAGUAUGAUGUAGAAAAUUGCAGCUCAUGUGUCACGUUUGACUCUGUUGAAGUGUGUAAAGACAGAAAAAAUGAUUGUAUGGGGCAUGAAGCAUCAUCCCUAAACUCUGGUUUGAAUUCUGCUGAUGUGCAAGGGGAAGGCUCAUCUUCGGAAUUAUCUAAUUGCAAUAAUCCAAAGUCGUCAAAAAGGCAUCCUGAUAGGGAUUUUGAUAAUCCCAAACCAAGCAAAUAUAGGAGACCAACUGACGAUGAUCACUCUGCAGAUCUGUCUUGCAAAUAUAGUAACACAUCAUUCUGUAGCAUUGAGGACCAUCUCCCAGAUGGCUUCUAUGAUGCAGGACGAGACCGCCCGUUCAUGCCACUGGAAUUUUAUGAUCAAAAUCUACACAUGGACUCCUCGUCCUCGCGUGAAGUCAUUCUUGUGGACAGGAAAAGAGAUGAGGAUUUAGAUGCCAUUGCAUUAUGUGCUCAAGCAUUCAUAUUUCAUUUUAAGCAGAUUAAUGGUUCCUACAUUGAUAAUUUUCAGAUUGCAUCAUUGCUUGCUCUUUUUGUAUCUGAUCACUUUGGAGGGAGUGAUAAAAGUGCAACAAUUGAGAAGACAAGAAAAGCUGUAUCCGGUUCAAACUACCGGAAGCCUUUUGUGUGUACCUGCACAACUGGAAACAGCGACAGUAUUAGGAAAUCCUCAAAAGCAGCAGAAGAUAUUGUUUUCUUUGAUCUGUGUGAGAAAUCUCUUGAGUGUAUAAAAACAAGGCGGAAUUCAAUGGUAGUUCCUAUUGGGACUCUGCAGUUUGGUGUGUGUAGACAUAGAGCCUUGCUUUUGAAGUACUUGUGUGACCGGAUGGAGCUUCGGGUACCUUGUGAACUUGUUAGGGGCUAUUUGGAUUUUUCACCGCAUGCCUGGAAUAUAGUUGUCAUCAAGAAGGGGGAUUCAUUGGUACGUAUGAUAGUUGAUGCGUGUCGUCCCCAUGAUAUAAGACAGGAGACAGAUCCAGAAUAUUUUUGCAGGUACAUUCCUCUUGGCCGGAUUAAUGUUCCUCUUACUGGUCCAAGUUGUUACUUUCCUUCGAAUUCUCUCUCUGCAUGUGAUAAAAUUGGCAGAACUGCUUCUAGUACUCUUUUCCGCUGCAAUAUUGGAUCGGUUGAGGCUGCAAUGAAGUUGCAUACUUUAGAAGUUUGUGGGACUACUUCUGUAGAUGAAAUCAAGAAAUUUGAGUACAGGUGUUUGGGGGAAGUAAGAAUUUUAAGUGCUUUGAAGAAGCAUUCCUGUAUUGUGGAAAUUUAUGGUCAUCAGAUAUCUUCCAAAUGGGAUGAUGGGAAGCCAGCAGAGCAUCGUAUAUUACAGUCUGCCAUCUUGAUGGAGUACAUCAAAGGGGGCUCCUUGAAGAAUUAUAUAGAGAAGCUAUCAAGAGCUGGUGAGAAGCAUCUCCCACCUGGGUUGGCAUUGUGUAUUGCUAGAGAUGUCGCGUUUGCUUUGUCAGAGCUGCAUUCUAAACACAUUAUUCAUCGUGACAUUAAGAGUGACAACAUUUUGAUUGAUCUCGAUAGGAAGAGAGCUGAUGGAUAUUCACCUGUUGUCAAGCUCUGUGAUUUUGAUAUGGCAGUUCCCCUUCACUCUUCAUUGCAUACAUGUUGUAUUGCUCAUACUGGAAUACCUCCACCUGAUGUUUGUGUUGGAACACCGCCAUGGAUGGCUCCUGAGGUGUUUCAGGCAAUGGAUAAACGCAACAAGUAUGGGCUGGAAGUGGAUAUUUGGUCGUUUGGUUGUCUACUACUGGAAUUGUUAACUCUGCAAAUCCCUUAUUCAGGGUUGCCAGAAUCAAACAUUCAUCACCAUCUUCACACAGGAAAACGGCCACAACUACCAGACGAGCUAGAAGCAUUGGGUUCACUGGAGGAGCCUGCAGCAAUGGCUCAAUCUGACACUCAGCUGAAGGCCGGACCAGAGGCCGAACCGGAUGAUACUUUAAGAUUUCUUGUUGAUAUGUUCCGUCAGUGUACUGAGGGGAAUCCUACUGAUCGUCCAACAGCUGAGAACCUCUACAAUAUGUUGGUUGCCCGAACCAGUUCUUUCACCAGUUCAACAAGUUUGGAACAAGAGGUUGUCCUUUAGAUGUAAAUCUGCUUCUUAUUUGUAUGAGAAUUGAUGUUCUAUUAUCCCAUCCCUCGUCAGUCGUCACAUUUGUUUC